AUGUCAUCCACCCAGAAAGAGAUCCCGCCCAAAGCAAUGGUGGUAGCGAAUGAAGGGUUUUCAGAAAAGAAACAUUACUGGGAAGUGGAGGUGGGGGACAAACCCGAGUGGGCACUAGGUGUGGUUGACCUGGUCACCAGGUGCCCACCAACACUGCCUAUCACUCUCCCUCCUCAGCUGGACAGGGGAAGAAAAUAUGACAAGAAGCUUGUCGGCUGA